GGUCCUUUUCCUUCUCUCAUUUCUUUUCAUGUUUGGGUUAAUUUAUCCCCUCUUGUCUUUCACAGAAGAAACCCAAGAAGAUGUAGGUUCAGAUAUUAAUAGAGAAAGCAAAACUGAUCUAGUCAAAGUAAAUUCAUAGGAAUGUUUACCCAAAAACUCUAUUAAUGAAGAGACUUUAUUUUUCUAGGUCUAAGGAGAGGGUAGAUUCCAGGUACAUGAAAGGAGAAGUCAGCUAAGCUAAUAGUUAAGAAUUUAAUAGAAUUUAACACCUUUGUGUAAAUAGUAACUCCACUGUUUUGUUUCAUUUUUGGUUUUGUUUUAGUGGGACAUAUUUGAAACUACUGUAGGAAAAUAUUUGAAAAGUUAUUAUUGGAUGGUAGGAGUAUGGGGUGGAGUUGGCCUUAGGGAAAUGAGAACAACAAUAAUAAAAAGGAUUUUUCAAAACACAUGCUUGGUUCACAUCAGUAUAGCUCCAGAAGACAGGACAGAACAAGAAGGAGCAGAAAAGCAAGAUGAAUGAGGUGAAGCUUGCUGUCUUGGGUGGUGAAGGAACAGGCAAAUCUGCCCUUACAGUAAGGUUUCUUACCAAGCGAUUCAUUGGAGAAUAUGCUUCUAAUUUUGAAUCUAUCUAUAAUAAAUAUUUGUGUUUGGAAGGGAAGCAAUUGAAUCUUGAAAUAUACGACCCUUGUUCUCAGCUGCAGAAAGCAAAAUUUUCCCUCACAAGUGAGCUGCAUUGGGCAGAUGGGUUUGUUAUUGUGUAUGACAUCAGUGACAGGUCUUCGUUUGCUUAUGCAAAAGCACUGAUCUACAGAAUUCGGGAGCCACAAAAUAGUCAUUGUAAAAGAGCUAUGGAAUCAGCAGUGCUUUUGGUUGGUAACAAGCAAGAUCUCUGUCACGUGCGAGAGGUUGGCUGGGAAGAAGGCCAAAAACUGGCAUUGGAUAACCGAUGCCAAUUCUGUGAACUGUCUGCAGCAGAGCAGUGUCUGGAGGUGGAAAUGAUGUUUAACAGAAUUAUCAAGGCCAUCCUGACAAACUUCAGACUCAAAGAAAAGAGAAGACCCAGUGGAUCUAAAUCAAUGGCCAAACUGAUCAAUAAUGUAUUUGGAAAGAGACGGAAAUCUGUCUAGUACACAUAUGAUCCUAGGGGAUUUAUUAUAGCAGAAAGUUUCAAAUAUUUGUAUGAUAAUUACAUUUACCCUUUGUAUGCAAUUUGAAAAAUUCUCUUAGACAGAUAAAGUGAUUUACCAUGAACCAUAACUGUGUUUUCAAAUAUAUAGUUUACCUUUUUGGUGGUUUGUAUCUUAUACACUUUAUUUCACACUUAACCUUUAUUUUACAAAAGAGCAAAAGUAUAACCUACUGGUGGAUUACUAUACAGUUUACCUUGCCAGAUAAAUGCUGUCUACAUAAUUUUAUUAAGCUGCAUUUCUAUAGCGCUCAGUUUACCUUUAUAUUUAUAUUUCUUUUUAAUGAAAUACAUCAUUAUAUUUAUAUAGCUGACAUAUGAUAGGGCUUAAUUUAUUAAUUUGUGAAAGUUCUUGAUCUAUUUAAUAGAAAUGCAUAGAUUUAAUUUUUAAAGUGUCUAUAAUAAACCAGUGAGUUACUUGAUAUUAUACAAUUUUUUAAAAAUUAGUUACACAAAUAACUAAGGCCUUAAGGAGUUAAAUUCCUUACACUUAAGUACAUAGUUUAUAGUUGGUCUGUGAUUGAAAAAAAUCUGCCUUUCCUUAUUGGAUGCUGUGGCAACAAGAGCAAUUAUCUGAGAAAUUAACUUACACUGCUAAGAUCCUUUUUAGAUUAGGGUUUUUUUUAAUUUUUUUUCCAGUUCAUUUAAAAAUCCAUACAUCAUAGGGAAAGAAAAAAAUGUAAAAACCUAUGGAUAGAUAUAUAACUUUGAAGGCCUUAUUGUUCUGAAAGAAAUACUGUAUUAGAUACAAUGUACAUUUUGGGCAUUCUCAGAUUACAUUGGGUACAGUUUCCCUCAGAGGUCAACUGUCCGUCUCUGCAACUGCUGAACCACUUCUGCUGUCCUUGCUGGGUGUGGCACCUGCUGGAUUUCAAGUUGCAAGCCUAAGCCUGACUUCAGCCAAAUCAUUGAUAGGUGAGGUUAAACUGGGAGUAUAAGCAGUGCUGUGUACAUAGUUGGUUGACAUGUAUCAUGCUAACCUGGGGACCACAUGAAAGGUCUUGUGUAGGCGGUGGUAGACCAGAGUCUGGAGGGUGACAGACUAUCAGGCUGGGCAGGAGAGAAUUCAUCUCAUCGACAUGGCCUUGCUUACCAUGAGUCACAAUCCAACAUUUGGCUUUUCUGUUCCCUAGAAAUCUAACCUUAAUGAUGCCCUAGAGUAAAAAGAGUGGAAAUAAGGGAACUUUGCAUGGUAGUACACAAACAGCUCAGGAUGUUCAUAAAGAUGAGGGAGUUAGAAUUGUCAUAGUAGGUUGGACCCAAGAACCCACCAUCUGACUGUAUUUUCUGGACUAUUCAGGGGAAGUUUCUUUACUAAGGAAGUGAGAGAUGCAGUGGCGAGGAGGCAAAGACAACUUUGACAAGUUUUGUAGCUACUGUGCUGUACAGGUUAGAGUUGACAGUAGGGACACUGCCAUUGAACUGCACUCCUCAAUAUCAAUGCAGAUGAUAGAAUCCUCGGACAGCAGAAUCUGAUUGUCAGCAUUUAACCCAAAGCUUUUUUAACCUGUUAACCCAUUUGUCCACUCAGCCCCCCAAGAAAUUAGUGCUGUAUCCAGGGUAGAGGCUCCCUUUCUGAUACCAGUUGGUUGGAAACUUAGAAGCUAUAUUGGGGCAAUAUAGAAGCUAUGUUGCUUAGAAGCUAUAUUGCUUCCAUCCCUGCCAUCAAGGCCACAGUUAUCAUGGGCCCAUUACAUUAAACACAAAGGUGGUCAAGAAGAAAAGUAGAGCAGUAGAGCAGUUCAUCCUGUUCAUUUGGUUGUGAAGUGAAUUCUCAUUGGGUGAUGCUCUCUGUGGGCAUUAAAAUGCUAUCCAAAGAUAUGUAGGUGUCAUACCCUCUCUGAGAAAUCCAUUCACAAACUUUUUCUCUGGACCUUCUCAUUGCUGUUCUUCCUCUCUUACCUCUUACAGAUACCCCUGACCAAAUGGCAAACCCAUUGAUCACUGCCCAGAACUCUGAACCACGUUACACCUUUCCUGCCUUAAGAGGUACACAGUGAAACAUAUUUUUUGAAGCUCUGGUAAAUGGGAUAAUUUCCUUUCCCCGAUGAGCCUCAUGGUUGCCUCUGUGCAGAACUGUAAUGAAGCCCAGUCCUCCUUUGCCUGUUACUAACACAUCAAGUUUCUUAUCACUAAGAACAUUCAGGUUAGAUUGCUUGGUAAAGGAGUAAUAAACUUCUAUUGUAUAGUUAUUCCAGUAACUUCAGUGAUACAUUUUUGGUCGAUUACUUAUGGAGAUUUUAUUAAUCUUUUAUAAUCUUAAUAUUGACUAUGUAAGUAUAUGUAUAUGUACAUAUAUUUCAGUUUAAUCAUUUAUACUUUAAACUUUUUUAGUUUUAUUUUGUUCUAAUUGGUCUCUUGAGUAAUCCUAGUUUUAGAGAUUUGAUCUUCAAUCUUUAAAAUUCUUUUCCCAGUUAAAGAAAUAUUUUAGGGAGAUGAUUUUGCAUUAAAAAUAACAUAUUUAUCCACGUUAUAUAUGAGGACUCUACUGUCAAAGUGGAAUGAAAAUUCUUUCACAGCUUAAUCCAUGCAUAUAUAUCUGUGAUGAGUCAGAGUUCAGAUUUUCUCCAUUAAGAAUAUUACUCAUAUUUGUAUAUAUUUAUUUUUCUUUAUUACACUUUGCUUUUUUUAGCAAGAUUAUCUGAGAUUACACAUCUGGUGACAAGGAGUCUAUGGAACAUAGCAUUCUAUAAGAACAAGCAUUCUCACCAGAAAAAAAAAAGAUAACUAUAUGAGGUGAUAGAUGUCUUAAUUAACUUAAAUGUAGCAAUUGUUUCACAAUGUAUACAUUAUAUGAAGUUAUUAUAUUGUACACUUUAAAUAUAUUAUGGCUUUGUCAAUUAUACCUCUUUAAAGCUGAAAAAAUUAUUUUACAUUAAACAAAAAUAAUUUACAUUUUAAAAAGAAUUUCUGUGAGGUAACUUUAGAAAUGAACGAUUUAUUAUUUUCCAGAGUGAUAUUUUAAAGUGCUGGGUUAAUGUAUCCUUUUAUAAUGUGACAGUUUUAAAACAUGUGUGUGCAUUUUUGAUACUUCUCCAUC